GAGGGACAGAGGGAGGGAAGGGAAUUGAGACUUUAUAGAACUCAGUCUGCAGAACUGGUGGAACAACAAGGAAGAUCACCUUUUCCAAGAUCCAGUGCCUUCUUUUUGAUAGACAAGCUGAUAAAUCAGCUCAGAAAUGCCGACAAUAACUCAAGCUUUUGUAGUCCUGAUAAUUUUUUUGUUAAUUGUUCAGGUUUUCAAACUGCGGAAGGCUUGCAAGCAAUUCCCUCCUGGACCCACUCCUCUCCCAUUGCUUGGAAACUUGGUGCAUCUGAACUUUCAGUUUCACCGGGAUCUUCUGAUGGAGCUGGCAAAAACUCAUGGUAACAUAUAUACUUUGUGGUUUGGGUGGACCCCAGUGAUCAUCCUGAAUGGAUUUCAAGCAGUGAAGGAUGGCAUGACCACGCACCCUGAUGAUGUUUCUGGGCGGAUGGUGUCGCCUUUCUUCAGGGCAAUGGCCAAAGGAAAAGGUAUUAUAUUGGCAACUGGUCGCUCCUGGAAGCAGCAGAGACGCUUUGGAAUAAUGACUCUACGCAGUUUGGGAAUGGGAAAAAAAGGCCUGGAGCAUCGAGUGCAAGAGGAGGCCUCUCACCUGGUGGAGUUUUUUAUGAACCUAAAAGGAAGACCUGUGGAUCCUUCUUUCCCUCUUUUCCAUUCUAUUUCAAAUGUGAUUUGUGCUCUAGUUUUUGGAUAUCACUUCUCUGAUGAGGACAAAACCUUCCAUGAAAUGAUCCAUGCCACAGAGAAUUUAUUCAAAUUUGCAGGCAGCUUUUUUCAUCAGAUGUACGAAAUCCUCCCUUGGCUGAUGUGCCGUCUCCCUGGGCCUCAUAAGAAGGCAUUGGCUUGCUAUGAUGUCCUGAGUUCUUUUGCAAGAAAGGAGGUCAGAAGACAUGUGGAGAGAGGGAUACCAGCUGAGCCACAGGAUUUCAUUGACUUUUACCUGGCUGAGAUGGAGAAAUCAAAAGAAGGGGUCAAGCCCAAGUAUGAUGAAGACAAUUUGGUCCAUGUCAUAAAUGAUCUUUUCCUUGGUGGAUCAGAGACCUCAAGCACAACAUUGUACUGGGGACUGCUCUAUAUGGUUGUGAAUCCAGAUAUUCAAGAGAAAGUGCAGAAGGAGCUGGAUGCUGUUCUGGGUCCUUCCCAGUUAAUUUGCUAUGAGGACCGGAGAAAACUGCCCUACACAAAUGCUGUAGUCCAUGAGAUUCAGCGCUUCAGCAACAUUGUCUUUGUGGGCAUGCCCAGGCUGUGUGUGAGGAACACGACACUGCUAGGAUUCCCUGUCAAAAGGGGCACCAUCGUUAUACCAAAUAUAGGAUCUGUUCUGUAUGACCCUGAGCAAUGGAAGACACCUCGACAGUUCAACCCUGGCCAUUUUCUGGAUAAAGAAGGAAACUUUAUCCCUCGAGAAGCUUUCUUACCAUUCUCAGCAGGGCACCGUGUGUGUUUGGGGGAGCACCUAGCGAGGACCGAGCUCUUUAUUUUCUUUGCCAACCUGCUGCGGGCUUUCACCUUCCAGCUCCCCGAGGGAGUGACAGAGAUCAACACAGAGCCCAUUUUGGGGGGUACCCUGCAGCCCCACCCAUACAGGGUUUGUGCCAUUCCACGCUAG